GUCCGCUCACUGCAUUCCCAUCCGCUGAGUGCCGCCAAUCCGUUAUGAAGUUCUCUCGCUUGUCCACCGCGGCUGUGGCUGCUUUGGCUGCUUCGCCAGCUGCAGCCAUCCUCGGCACCCCCGAUGCCGUGGAUAAGCUCGCCAGCAAAGCUCUGGCCACUAAGGUUGCCUAUGAGGCCGCUCAUGGCGCCAACUCGACCUGCACCAUCAAGAAUGCGGCCGUUCGUCGCGAGUGGUCCUCGUUGGCCCCCGCGGAUCGGAAGAAGUAUACCGAUGCGGUUUUGUGUCUGAUGAGCCUGCCGCCCAAGUCGGAUCCCAGCUUCGCUCCGGGGGCUCGCAACCGCUUCGACGACUUUGUCGCCGUGCACAUCAACCAGACCUUGUGGAUUCAUGGCACGGGCAACUUCCUCACCUGGCACCGCCUGUUCACCUGGGCCUACGAGACCGCCCUGCGUGACGAGUGUGGCUACGAGGGCUACCAGCCCUACUGGGCCUGGAACAAAUAUGUCGACAACCCGAUCAACUCGCCGCUCUUCGAUGGUACCGAGUACAGUAUGUCCGGGAAUGGAGACUAUGUGCCUCACAACGACACCCCCGUCACCGACUACACCACGUUGCCCGCUGGUGUCGGAGGUGGUUGUGUGCGCAGCGGUCCUUUUGCUAACAUGACCGUCAACCUCGGACCGGUGGACCCCACCCUACAGAUCCCCGGCCUGGUGGCCCAGAACGGCACGGGACUGGACUACAACCCUCGGUGUCUGCGCCGCGACAUCUCGCCCGUGGCCGCGCAGGGGUGGACUAAGACCAGCGACGUGAUGGAUCUGAUCCAGAACUGCGACGACAUCUCGUGCUUCGAGUGGACCAUGCAAGGGUUCUUCGAGGAAGGGUUUUUGGGCGUGCAUACCGCCGGCCACUUUACGAUUGGCGGUGACCCCGGUGGUGACCUCUACACAUCCCCCGGUGACCCCGCCUUCUACGUCCACCACGGUAUGAUCGACCGGGUCUUCUGGAUCUGGCAGAACCUCAACCCAGCCAACCGCACUUACGUGGUCAAGGGCCCCGACUUCAUCGAUGGCCUCAUCGCUGGCCCCAAUACCACCAUCCACGAUACCCUCUGGAUGGGAAAUCUCACCGCCUCCCGCGAGAUCUAUGAUAUCUUGGAUACCACGGCGGGGACGCCUUUGUGUUAUAUUUAUUUGUAA